AUUAUCACUUUUAGAGUGUAACAGCAAAGAAAGAGUUUUUUACAAUUUAGCAAACAAAGGUUUGUCUAUGACGUAAGUCAAGCAACUCUGGAAGCCAAGGCUAAGUACAGAAUCACAAUGGCAGAGUACUUGAGCCACUGCUUUAACCAAUUGAGCAUAAACUCAAUCAAGAUAAGGUCUUUUGGAGUCACUGAGGCAAGGAAAGUUUUUUCGAGCUCAGUGCAAUGUGUCUUGACUGAAGAUAAAAGGAGGGCUGUGGUUAAAAAUGGGAAAGAUUCAUUGGAGAUUUGCAGGGUAGUUAAUGGGAUGUGGCAGACUAGUGGAGGAUGGGGAAGAAUUGAACAAAAUGCUGCAGUUGAUGCAAUGCUUCAGUAUGCUGAUGCUGGAUUAAACACCUUUGAUAUGGCUGAUAUAUAUGGACCUGCCGAGGAUCUUUAUGGGAUCUUCAUAAAUAGAGUGCGUCGAGAGCGCCCUCCUGAGGUUCUGGAAAAUAUCAGAGGCCUAACGAAAUGGGUUCCUCCACCAGUGAAGAUGACUAGUAGCUUCGUACGUGAUAGCAUUAAUGUUUCGCGGAGGAGGAUGGACGUUUCUUCUUUGGAUAUGCUGCAGUUUCACUGGUGGGACUACUCUAAUCCUGGCUACCUUGAUGCACUUAAACACCUUACAGACCUGAAAGACGAAGGUAAGAUCAAGACUGUUGCUUUGACCAACUUUGAUACUGAGAGAUUACAGAAAAUUCUGGAGAAUGGUAUUCCGGUAGUAAGCAAUCAGGUACAACAUUCAGUCGUUGACAUGCGUCCUCAGCAGAAAAUGGCAGAGCUUUGCCAGCUUACUGGAGUAAAACUUAUAACAUAUGGAACGGUAAUGGGUGGCCUAUUAUCUGAGAAAUUUCUUGAUACCAACCUAUCAAUUCCUUUUGCUGGCCCUCCAUUGAAUACCCCUUCACUGCAGAAGUACAAAAGGAUGGUUGAUGCAUGGGGAGGAUGGAGUCUCUUCCAAAAUUUGUUACAGACACUAAAACAAGUAGCUUCUAAACAUGGAGUGUCAAUUCCAACAGUUGCUGUGAGAUACGUACUAGAUCAGCCGGCGGUGGCUGGAUCAAUGGUAGGUGUUAGGCUUGGCCUAGCAGAGCACAUUAAAGAUACCAAUGCUGUUUUUUCACUCGUUCUUGAUGAAGAAGACUUCAGCAGCAUCCGAGAAGCUUCAGAGAAAGGGAAAGAUCUUCUAAAAGUGAUUGGGGACUGUGGAGAUGAAUACAGGCGUGCAUAAUAACCGUAAUGGAGUUGUAGCAGAAAAUACAUUUUCCUAAAAACAUGAUGCAGUAAUUUAUAUUUUGUACAUCAGAAUCAUCUUCUGUUGGCCAGAGGAGGUAUAAUCUACCAUUUGUAGCUAAUUCCCUUGUAAUUGUAGCUUAACAAAUGCAACUCUUCCAUGACAAUCGAUGCUUUAACUGCUCUGGCUUCAUCAA